AUGUUAGUAAAGACGGUUAGCCGAACCAUUGAGUCGGAAUCUGGGUUUCUACGGCCGACGCUGGAUGUUAUCGCUACUGUACCUGCGGAUGACCAUUCUAAAAAAAUACCUAUUAGUCUAGUGGUGGGAUUUAAACAAGGAGCUUCGCUGAAUUCUGCUUUAUCUCUAGCCUGCUACUAUUACGCCAUUCCUUUAGCUAAAGAUAGACACAUGAGCCUCAAAUCAGCUGGAAACAAUGUUGUGGGAAUACCGUUACUGGACACUAAUGAUGACCGAAUUCGCGACAUGACUAGACGCUUGGCCACAAUAAUAUCCGAAAAGUUCAAUAGACCAUGUUAUGUGACGUGGUCGUCACUGCCUAGAGGAGACCCCUCCAUGUUGGUAACAAAUCAUUUAUAUAUUUUGAAGAAGUGUCUCGAUCUCUUAAAAACUGAACUCGGUGAGUAG